AUGCCCGAUUUGUCAAUGCAAAACGAUGAGCCGCCGGAUACAAACUUUGUGCUACUGCUUCCUCAUGAAAUACACGGCUUUGGAAUUCAUGAUAAAAAAUGGCGAACUCUACUAGUUGAGUACAUCAAGAACAUCAACUGGAACGACGCGGCGUUUGAUCGGUUGGUCAUGCAACACAGUAAAAAGGAGCUCAUCAAGGCCCUGGUGACCGUGCACACGACCUCCAGCAAGUCGACCGAUAUCAUCGAGGGCAAAAGCAACGCGCUGAUCAUGCUCCUGCACGGCGGACCGGGGACGGGGAAGACUCUGACUGCCGAGUCCGUGGCGGAGCUCACGCGCAAGCCACUGUACCGGGUGACCUGCGGCGACAUCGGGACCAACGCGGACGAGGUGGAGAAGUACCUGGAGUCGGUGCUCUUGAUCGGCACUAUCUGGGGCUGCGUCGUGCUGCUAGAUGAGGCCGAUGUCUUCCUCGAGGAGCGGCGCGAGACGGACCUGCAGCGCAACGCCCUGGUCUCCGUCUUCCUACGCGUCCUCGAGUACUAUGACGGGAUCCUGAUUCUUACCUCCAACCGCAUCGGCACGUUUGAUGGCGCCUUCAAGUCGCGCUUCCAGCUCGCAGUGCACUACCCCGCCCUCAAUGAGCAGGGCCGCUUCGAGAUCUGGCUCAACUUCAUCAACGGCCUCAGCAAGACAAACCCAGAGAUCCCGAUCGAUGAUCUCAAGAGCCGCCUGCCUGAGCUGGCCGCCAGAGCCCUCAACGGGCGCCAGAUCCGCAACACGGUGCGCACCGCCCUGCAGCUGGCGCACUUCCGCCAGACCACCCUGACCUAUGAACACUUCCAGCAGGUCAUCGACGUCGCCGAGGAGUUUGAGAGGCAUAUCGAAUCAACCCGCGGAUACUCGGACCUCGACUGGACGCGGGACCGGGCCAUUCGAUCGGAUUAG